GGACACCAUUGUCAUAUUAAAAGCAGAGCCGCUCAAAUGUACAUGCUAGUAAGGCCAUGUGUAAGAUUUAAAAAUCGUUUGCAAAAUAGGUAUCUGUUCUCCUAAAAGACAAGGACACGCUGGCCAAUGAACAAAGUUAUUCCAGUGAAGAAGAAGAGUAAACAGAGGCAGUGCCAACCUGACCCUCAUUGCAGUGACCAGCCUGAGUAACAGAACUUCCUCAUCGAGACAUUUGUGUUAUUGAUAGGAACAACUGCUGCCAUGAAUGACACAAACACCACAGAUGUUCUGCCAGAUCCGUUCAGGUACACCUUACUGACUAUGUACACAGUGAUCUUAGUGGUCGGCGUCGGCAGCAUUGCGCUCAUGAUCGACACGCUGAAGUCCAGCGGGCGAUCGGUCACCACCAUGGCCGUGUUCAACUUGAUCGCCGCGCACACGCUGUUCCUGCUGACCGUGCCCUUCCGCCUCUACUUCUACGUCUGCCGCCACUGGGACCUGGGCACCUGGUUCUGCAAGCUGAUCAGCGCCAUGAUCCACGCGCACAUCUACAUCGUCUUCAUCUUCUACCUCAUCAUCCUGGUGGUGCGCUUCAUCACCUUCUUCAGCCGCAGGGACCGACUGGAGUUCUACAGACGAGUCCACGCGCUGGCGGCCAGCGUGGCCAUAUGGGUGGUCAUCCUGGUGGUCAUCUUCCCGGUGACUAUAGUGGAGUACGGCUCGGAGGGCAGAAACUCCACAGGCCAGUGCUUCGACUAUGGCAAUGCUUUGCGCGACGAGGGAGCCGCCAUCAUCAAUUACCUUCUCUGUGCCGUGCUGCUGCUGGUGACUGCAGUGCUCCUGGCUGUCCAGCUGUGGAUACUGGGGACCAUGUACAAGAAGUACGGCAACACAGCACUGAGUCGCCAGGAGUUCUGGGCUCAGGUGAAAAGUCUGUUCUUUGUGAUGGUGAUAUUAGUUUGCUUUGCCCCUUACCAUGCUUUCCGGAUCUAUUACGUGACCAUUAUGUACAUGGAACCUGAUUCCCCUCUGCAGCUUCUGCAGUGGAGAAACGAGAUUUUUCUGGCUGUGACGGCCUUCAGCUGUUGGGACAUGCUCAUUUUCGUCAACACAAAGCGCUGGAGCAGCAUUCAGUCUCGAUGUGCUAUUUGUCGGUAGACGGACUAGAAUGCGUACUGUGAUAGUCCCUCUAAGAUGCUGUAACAGUAAGGAGGAAAAGCUGUACUGUAUUGUACUGUUGGUGGCCCAUACUGUCCUGUGCCACUCACCAAUACGGUCUUGUGCCAUUCACCCACAGUCCUGUGCCACUUGCCUACUGUCCCAGCUCUCACCGGACAGUUGGCGUGACGAGUGUCAUGGGACAGUGGUGCAGGACAGAAUGUGAAUGCUGCAAGACAGCAGGCGAAUGGCAUGAGAGAGUAUGGCAAGUGGCACAGGGUAGUAGGGGAGUGGAAU